GGGACCGGGCAGCUGGGCUGAGACGGCGCGGGAAUGGGCAAAAUGGGCAAAAUGGGGCAAAAAUGGCCGUGAGUGGCUCGUCCUGGGCAAAAGUGGUCCAAAUUGGCGUGAAAUGGGGCAAAAAUGGCCGUGAGUGGCUCGUCCUGGGCAAAAGUGGUCCAGGAUGGUCCAAAGUGGUCCAAAUUGGCGUGAAAUGGUCCAAGUUGGCAUGAAAUGGUCAUAAAUGGCUCAUCCUGGGCAAAAAUGGUCCAAGAUGGUCCAAAAUGGUCCAAAUUGGUGUGAAAUGGGGCAAAAAUGGCCGUGAGUGGCUCGUCCUGGGCAAAAGUGGUCCAAGUUGGCCCAAAGUGGUCCAAAUUGGUGUGAAAUGGUCCAAAAAUGGCCAUAAAUGGCUCAUCCUGGGCAAAAAUGGUCCAAGUUGGCAUGAAAUGGUCCAAAUUGGCAUGAAAUGGUCCAAAAAUGGCCAUAAAUGGCUCAUCCUGGGCAAAAAUGGUCCAAGAUGGUCCAAAAUGGUCCAAAUUGGUGUGAAAUGGUCCAAAACUGGCCAUAAAUGGCUCGUCCUGGCCAAAAAUGGUCCAAGAUGGUCCAAAAUGGUCCAAAUUGGCAUGAAAUGGUCCAAAAAUGGCCAUAAAUGGCUCGUCCUGGCCAAAAAUGGUCCGAGAUGGUCCAAAAAGGCCCAUCCUGCCCCGAAAUGGUCCAAAAUGGCCCAUCCUGGCCCGAAAUGGCUCCAAAUGGUCCAGAACAUUUCAUCCUGGUCCAAAAAACAUCCAAAAUGGCCCAUCCUGGCCCAAAAUGGGUCAUCCUGUUCCAAAGUUGCCCAGAAUGGCUCAAAAUGGUCCAAAAUGGCCCCAAAUAGCCCAAAAUGGUCCAAAAUGGCCCCGGUGUGGAGCGGCCGGGCUGAUGGACACCUGGACAGAUGGACACUCGGACACUCAGACAAUGGACAGCUGGAGUGAUGGACACUCGGACAAAUGGACACUCGGACAAAUGGACGCACGGACAAAUGGACGCACGGACAAAUGGACGCUCGGACAAAUGGACGCUCGGACAAAUGGACACUCGGACAAAUGGACACUCGGACAUUUGGACGCUCGGACAAAUGGACGCUCGGCCACGGCCGCCCCCCCGGGGCCCCCCGGUGAUGCUCGGACCCCUCCCCCACCCCGGGAGGGGGUCCCGGCCGGGGGGGAGGGGCGGGGCGGGGCGGGGGAGGGGCCGCGGCCGCGCUGUACGGACAAAAGCGGAAUAAAUGCGGAACAUGGCGGCGCCCCUGGGCCGGCGCCCGCCAGCCGGAAUGAGUACGGAACAUGGCGGCGCCCAUGGGCCGGAAGCGGCGCGUCACGUGGGCGGGAGGCGGCCAAUCAGCCGGAAUGA